UCUGUAGCUAAAGGUGAGCGGAAGUAAGCUCUCUGGGUGCUGAAGCCUGACUGUGCUGCAACCUUGCCCUGCACCUCCAGUGGUUUAAUGUGUCUUUUAGCCUGGCACUAUGCCCAUGAGGAACUGCUGUUGGAAACUUCAAAUCUCCAUGGCAAGUAGAGCUGGCUUGCCUGAAAAACCUGCUUGCCUGCUGCUCUUAAAAAUCAUUCUUUCUCUCCCUUCCUCCUUCCCAGACAUGCAGCUGCCCAUAACAACAUUCAUCAUUGUUGAUCGCUGGGAUCAGAUGUGUUAGAGAAAGUACACGUUACUUUUCUCAUCCAUUGUCACUGAAAAAUCCUUAGAUAUGAAGACUCCUACAAGUGCAAUAUAUUCUUAGAGGAAACCCUCAAUGUGUUCAAUGUAGCUUAAUCCAAAGUAGAUUUCUUUGCAUUGGCAGAGGGUGAAUACAAUAUCAGCUCCUAGCAGUGUAAGGUUCCCACAAUGGCAGAGACAGGAGCAGAUGUCCCUAAUCUGGUAGACCAAGAGCUACGUGACAUGGAUGAGGAGCGUCUGUGGGAGAUGGUGGACAGCCAUCGCUACAGAAUUGUGCGCGUUGUAUCUCCAAGCCGUCUUACCCCAUACUUGCGCCAAGCCAAGGUGUUUGGCCAACUGGAUGAGGAGGAGGUGCUCCACAAUCCUCAGUUCACAAACAGUGCCAUGAGAGUGGGUCACAUGCUGGAUCUCUUGAAAUCCCGUGGGAAAAAUGGAGCCCUUGCUUUCCUGGAAAGCCUGAAACUCCACAACCCGGAUAUUUUCGUCCUCAUCACUGGCUUGGAGCCUUCCAUUGAUCACAACCAUUUCAGUGACCUGAUUGAAAGCUCCCAGCUGACAGAAUGCUUGGCCAAAGCAGUGAGCAGCCUCCAGGAGGAACUGAGCCAGGAGAAGCGGCAGAAAGUAUCCCUGCUCCACCACUGUCGCAAACUGAAGGAGAGCACCUCCCAGCUGGAAGCCCGAGCAGAAAGCCUGCAGGGCAUUGAGGCUGAGUGUAACCGCAUGAAGCGGGAGCUCAGUACACACUUCCACGAAGCCCUCAAGCUGAAGGAUGAACUUUAUGGCCUCUCUUUACGCUACAGCAGUGCCCUGCAAGAGAAGGACCUGGCCAUCACUCGAUGCCAGAGCCUGCAGGAAGAGCUCUACCUGAUGAAGCAGGAACUGCAGCGAGCCCAGGUGUCAUCCUACUGUGAAAGGGAAAGACCCCCAAAGACUGCCUUGGAAGAGCUUCUGAUGCUGAAAGAAGAAAAUUCCCACCUCAAGUCUCUUGUGGACCUGGAGACCUUCAGUGUGGUGCAGAAAGACAUUUUAGAACAGAACCUGGAUGAUGCUCUAGAAGGCAAACAAGAACUACUGAACCGUAUCCAUUCUCUAAGGGAGCAGGCAGCCCUGGCUGAGAAUCAACGCAAGAAGUGCUGGGAAGAAAAAGAACACACUUUGAUAGAAUGCCAAAGGAUGAAGGUGGACUGUGAGAUCUACAAGGAAAAAAUCAGUGCCCUCCAGGCACAAGUGGCUGACCUGCAGAAAGAGAGAGAUCAGGCCUAUAGCGCUCGGGACACAGCUCAGAUGGAAAUUUCCCAAAGCCUCCUAGAGAAAGAUUCACUCCGCCGCAGAGUCUUUGAGCUCACCGAUGAGAUCUGUGAACUCCGGAAGCAGGUGGGCCCAAAUGGCUCAGCACUGAUGCAGGUUCAGUGGAAUGGACCCUCCAGCUCUGAACACAGGAAGCCUUGUCUGAAAACAAAACAGCGUUUGGUGCGCAUGCAUGCCAUUUGUCCUCAGGAGGAAGACAAGCAGGAUGGACUCUCAAGCAUGUCUGAGUCUUGGUCCAAUUUAAGCCAUACAUCCAGCCAAGAGCAAGUUGAGAGCUUUCGGUCAUGCAGCCCAGUCCCACCUUGCAAGUAUUCCCUCCAAAGGAGAACCUUGGAAGAUGACGCCUUUUCCAUAAGCAGUUCUCAGGAGUAUCUGGAGGAGGAUUUUUCUCUUGCCUCUGGGAAGAAAGUGGAUGAUCCCUCUAUUGAGUUUGAGAUGCUGGGAAAAGAAGACGGUGCCUCUCUGUGGUUCCAGAUGAACCCUUGCAUCUCAGAAAGUGUGCCCAUGCGUCGUCGACCUGCUCAGCGCUUUCCAAGUCGCAUCACCACAAUCGCAUUUCAAGCUGAUGCUUUACUGGAACAGAUCAGCAUUAUUGGUGGCAACCAAAGUGGCAUUUUCAUUCAUCAUGUCACACCAGGCUCUCCUGCUGAUGAGAUGUCUUUAUCCCCAGGCCAACAGAUUAUAAUGGUGGAUUAUGGAGUCAUAGAACCAGGCUUCAAAGCUCUCCUGGAGGAGGCAACACUGGAGGAGGCUCUGUGUGUCCUGGAGAGAGUAAAUGGCUUCUGUUGUCUGUCUGUGAGGCCGAACAUGGAAGGAUACAAGAAGCUGCUGAGUGACCUGAACUCCAAUUUGGUGACAUCAGGCGACUCCUUCUAUGUUCGGUCCAACCUUUGCCUUGAGAGACAGGCAAUUGGGGAGCUUCCAGUUGGAUGUCAUGACAUUCUGCAUGUUACAGAUACAAUGUGUUGGGGCAAAGCCCAGUGGAAAGCCUGCCACGUGAACCCCUACACCAUAAAGGACUUGGAUGCAGGCACUAUUCCCAACUACUGCCAGGCCCAGAAGCAACUUAUCAUUCAGAUACAGGAGUUGGCCCAGAAGAGUAUGAUUUCGCGCAAGAAUUCUGGGGUGCAGCCCAAGAUGGUUCGUAUUGUGAGUACAGACAACAAUAAGAUCAAUCCACUCUGGUCAUCCAUGGAUUGUGGUCUCUCAGAUUCUAACAGGUCAAAUUUGAACUCCCGAAUCAGCCUCCACUCGAGGAGUUGUGUCAGUUUGAUGCCAUACACCUUGGUCAAGCCCUGCAGACCUGGGCGACCACGUCCAGUCUUCAUGGUGCCUGUGCUUUUGGGAAAGAUUUUGGCUGACAAACUAUGCCUGUCCAAGAGAUUUGAGAAAUGCCCAGUAGAUUCCCAGAAUGAAGCACAAAGUCGAGUUCCCCUCACUGAAGGAAGAGAGACAAACAACAGUUGUUGUGUUCCCUGUCAGACAAUAGAGAGCCUAAUGCAAAAGAAUGUGCACGGCUGGCUGGACCUGGACCUGGAAAGAGUACAAGACCUUCUGGCUAUGGAAAUCUAUCCCAUCAUUAUUUUGCUGACCAUCAAUGAGAAGAACAGCAAGAAAUUUCGGAAAGCUCUUCAACGACUUGGAACAACUGAGGAGCAGCUUUUGGAAAGUGCCCGGAAAGAGGAAGCUCAGCUGGAGACACUGUCUUGCCUGUAUGGUACUAUUGCCCCUGAUGCCUGGAACGAUUUGGAGACACUUGCCAGUUGUGUUCGUGCAGCCAUUGCUGAUGAGCAGAAGAAGGUGGUGUGGGUGGAACAACUGCCCCACCGACCCCCUUUGGAAGUGAACAGACAUGUGUGAUCCAUCUUUAUGUGUCUUGAACUAAUCUCAAGAGGAACAGAGACAUUUCUAAUUGUCAUAAGGGUGAAAAGUUAUAGAGCAGUUUACUUAGCCAGUGUUCAGAUGUUUGGAACUUGACUAUGCCAUUCCAGUGCUACUUUGCUUUAUUGUCUCCAUCCCAACCUUUGACCACCCAGGAGUUAAAUAAUUGUUGAAUACAUGUACUAAAUGCUUCCCAUGUAACCAUAUAUAGGUGGGAAGUUCAGGUACAUGGAGCUUACACUUUGUUUGGAUUUUAAAUCAAGAAUGCACAUCCUAUAUCUUCUAUGAGAUACAGGAUGCGCAUACCUGACUUGCUUUUUCAGUUCAAGUCAUCACGUGACUUGGUAGGCAAGAUCUACUAUAGCAAUUGCCUAGUUAUAUACUCAUGCCUACCAAGUUACAUGAUAGAGAAAAUGAGACUAGUAAACAAUAGCUGCUCUUGGAGGAGUCAUCAGGAAAUGGGAGUUUGAUUUUGUUUUUUUGUCUUGCCAAGCAUUUUGUACUACCACUAUCUAUCACUGUUUGCCAUGCUUGUCCUUUGAGGUUUUAGGCCCCCAAAAUGCCCAUGCACUUUGAGGUACAGUUAAAGGUACAAGUUUGAAUGAGGAAAAGCUGAUGGGUGAUGUUGCUCCAUCUUCCAUGCUGAGGAGCUUUGUUUUCCGUAGACAACCUCCAUAUCGUUGGCAUGUCCUUAUGAGCGCCUUUUUAAUUACCUCUCCAUUUUUAAAGCAGUACCUAUUUAUCUACUCACAUUGCUGUUUUCGGUCUGCUAAGUGGGCUGAAGCUGGACUGAUGGCUGGGAACUCACCUUGACCUGGGCUUGAACUGUCAACCUUUCGAUUAGCAAUAUUUUCUUCAGCUGGUGGUUAACCUGCUGUGCUAAAGCCCAGCCAUUGUGGUGACCUUGGGCUAGUAACACUUUCUCAGCCUCAGAGAGAAGCAAAGGCAAAUCUCCUGUGACCAAAAUAAAACCCUGUGAUAGGUUCACUUUAAGACCACAACUUGAAAAUGAAUCGAAGACACACGUGUGAGACUUCCAAAAGCUCCAGUAUUUAACUGUGUUGCUCAGAUUUUGCAAACUCAGUCAGUGCAUUUUCCCUAUUUUCCUUCAGCCUUCCACUUUCCAAUGUGUCAUCAUCUCAUAAUAUAUUCAAGAUAUGUCA